AUGCCCCGGCCCUGCCCCGUGCGCACUCCCCCCGCGCUGCUGCGCGCGCGCGAGGCCGCCCAGUUCCUGCGGGCCCGGCCGCGCCGCGCCUACCAAGUCUUCGAGGAGGCCAAGCAGGGCCACCUAGAGCGCGAGUGCGUGGAGGAGCUGUGCAGCCGGGAGGAGGCGCGGGAGGUGUUCGAGAACAACCUGGAGACGGACUAUUUUUACCCAAGAUAUCUAGAGUGCAUCAAUAAAUAUGGAUCUCCUUACACCAAAAACCCGGAUUUUGCCACAUGUGUUCAGAACUUGCCUGACCAGUGCACUCCAAACCCCUGUGAUGAGGAAGGGACGGAAGUCUGCCAGGACCUCAUGGGCAACUUCUUCUGCAAGUGCAGGAGCGGCUGGGAGGGCCGGCUCUGCGACAGAGACAUCGAUGAGUGCGGCCAGGAGAAUGGCGGCUGCAGCCAGGCCUGCCACAACAAGCCAGGCAGCUUCUACUGCACCUGCCACAGUGGCUUUGCACUGGCCCCUGACGGCAGGACCUGCCAAGAUAUUGAUGAGUGUGCAGAGUCAGACGCCUGUGGUGAGGCACGCUGCAAGAACCUGCCAGGCUCAUACUCCUGCCUCUGCGACAAGGGCUACGCGUACAGUGCCCAGGAGAAGGCCUGCCAAGAUGUGGAUGAGUGCCAGCAAGGACGCUGCGAGCAGACCUGUGUCAACUCCCCCGGCAGCUACACCUGCCACUGCGACGGGCGCGGGGGCCUCAAGCUGUCCCCAGACAUGGACACAUGUGAGGACAUUUUGCCUUGCGUGCCCUUCAGCAUGGCCAAGAGCAUGAAGUCCUUGUACCUUGGCCGCAUGUUCAGCGCAACUCCUGUGAUCAGACUUCGUUUCAAGAGGCUGCAGCCUACCAGGCUGGUGGCUGAGUUUGACUUCCGGACCUUUGACCCUGAAGGGAUCCUCCUUUUUGCUGGAGGCCAUUUGGACAGCAACUGGGUGGUCCUGGGUCUGAGGGCUGGGCGGCUGGAGCUGCAGCUACGUUACAACGGUGUCAGCCGCAUCACCAGUAGCGGGCCAGUCAUCAAUCACGGCAUGUGGCAGACGAUCUCUGUUGAGGAGCUGGAGCGGAAUCUGGUGAUCAAAGUGAACAAGGAUGCGGUCAUGAAGAUUGCUGUGGCUGGGGAGCUGUUCCAGCAGGAUCGAGGUCUCUAUCACCUGAACCUCACGGUGGGCGGCGUGCCCUUCAAGGAGAAGGACCUCAUCCAGCCUAUGAACCCUCGUCUGGAUGGCUGCAUGCGGAGCUGGAACUGGCUCAAUGGGGAAGACAACACGAUCCAAGAAACCGUGAAGGCGAACACGAAGAUGCAAUGCUUCUCGGUGACUGAGAAGGGGUCUUUCUUCCCUGGAAAUGGGUUUGCAUUCUACAGCCUUGGAUAUACACGGACCUCCUCGGAUGUCGGGACAGAGACGACCUGGGGAAUAGAAGUUGUGGCUCGGAUCCGCCCUGCCACCGACACGGGGGUGCUGCUCGCGCUCGUGGCUGAUGACCAUGCUGUGCCCCUCUCUGUGGCCCUGGUGGACUACCACUCCACAAAAAAGCUCAAGAAACAGUUGGUGGUCUUAGCAGUGGAGGAUGUUGCCCUGGCUCUGAUGGAGAUCAAGGUGUGUGAUGGUCAGGAACACGUGGUCACGGUCUCCCUGAGGGCGAACGAGGCCACUCUGGAAGUGGAUGGCACCAAAGGCCAGAGUGAAGUCACUGCCUCCCAGCUGCAAGAGCGGCUGGCCAUCCUGGAGACACACCUGCAGGGCUCUGUGCUCACCUUCGUGGGGGGCCUGCCAGGGGUGCCAGUGACAUCCGCGCCCGUCAUAGCAUUCUACCGUGGCUGCAUGACACUGGAGGUAAACCAGAAGCUCCUGGACCUGGAUGAGGCCGCGUACAAGCACAGUGACAUCACUUCGCACUCCUGUCCCCCAGUGGAGCACUCCACACCCUAGACUAGCUGCCUCAGGACCCAAGAGCACGAGACCACCGGUGCCACACUCCAAGCAGAAAGGAGUGAGCUUUGAGUGCAGCCCUUGAACACUGGAGCGGGCAGGGCCGCCCCGCCUCACCAGCUGCUUUCCUUUGAGACCUUUCUUUGCCUGUACCAUAUCUGUACAUAGUGGACUGGUGUUGGAGGCCCACGGCCCACGCCCUGCCCAUCAGCCUGAGGGAACCUGGCUGCACAGGGGAGGACGUGGGAAGGCCAGGAUUGCAGCAACGCAGACUUGAAGAAAAUAAUUCUUUUUAUUUUUAUUACCACAUGCUUCUUUCUGACUCCAAAAUAUGAAAAAAUAAAAUAUUUACGGAAGCCUUUUUAAUCUUGUG